UUUGGAUCGACUUGAUAUAUACUGGGAAACAGCUCCUGUUAAAGUUCCCACUUAUACAAGCUGUCACCCAAACUCAACUCCGAUUCACACCAUAGCCAGGGAAAAAAGAUGGACUUCUCGCCGAGGUCCCGGAGACCGCGGAAGCCCCCGCCGCCCAAGAGCUCCGAUUUGUAUUCCACUUUCGUGAUCCACGAUAAGGACGACGCGGCGCCGCGGGAGCCCGAAUCCGGCGCGGGCUCAUCGGACAUAUACGCCACGAUGGUGUACAAGGACGACGCUCUCGAGGACGAGGAAGAGGAUUCGCUCCCCCCUCUAUUGAAGCGCCUCCCCAAGGACUUCGGCGGCGGCGGGGACGAUCUCGGCUACUCCGACGAUGACGGCGGCUCCGCUGCGUCCAUCUCCGGCACGAUGAUUGUGAAGACCGAUCGGAGGAGAUCGAGUUUCUCUGGGAAGGAUUCCAGCCGCUCCUCCCCGUAUGUGAAGCCGAGGAGUGUGCCUGCCACGCCGUAUGGGGACAAGAGAAGCCCUACUGGCAAAAUUGGGAACAAUGACGGCAACGAGGAGGGCUCUGGGGAUUUCGGGACGUUUGUCGUGAGGGAGAGAGAGGAUGAGGAUGAAGAGGACGAGGAGGAUGAGGAUGAAGGGUUGGGGACUAUGGUGAAGAGAGGUGGUGGCGGUGGAGGGGGUACGAUGAGGAGGGCGGUGGAAAGUAUGCAGAAAGUGGGAGAGGUUAGAGGACUUGGGAACAUGAGGCAGAGGAAAAGCAGCAGUGGUGGCGGUGAGGCUGGCGGUGGAAUUAAGCAAUUGAGGCAGCAGGGGAGUGGGAAGGUAUCGUCGAGCUCGAUACCCGAUUGUAUGACCAGAGAGGAUCCUUCUACAAAAUAUGAGUUACUUCAUGAGCUUGGGAAGGGUUCAUAUGGGGCAGUCUAUAAGGCUCGAGAUGUAAGGACUUCAGAAUUAGUUGCCAUCAAAGUAAUAUCAUUGUCUGAAGGGGAGGAGGGUUAUGAAGAAAUUCGUGGUGAAAUUGAGAUGUUGCAGCAGUGUAGUCAUCCUAAUGUAGUUCGCUAUCUUGGAAGCUACCAAGGAGAAGAGUUUCUUUGGAUAGUAAUGGAGUACUGUGGGGGUGGAAGUGUUGCUGACUUGAUGAACGUUACCGAUGAGCCUCUUGAGGAGCAUCAAAUAGCAUAUAUAUGCAGAGAAGCUUUGAAGGGUUUGUCGUAUUUGCAUUCAAUUUUCAAGGUACACCGAGAUAUUAAAGGUGGUAAUAUUUUGUUGACUGAGCAAGGAGAGGUCAAACUGGGUGAUUUUGGAGUUGCUGCGCAGUUGACAAGAACUAUGUCCAAGCGUAACACGUAUCUACAUGAGACGACUAUUAUAGAUAAUAUUCGUUCUGGGACAAAUUUCAUUGGUACACCACAUUGGAUGGCUCCUGAAGUUAUUCAAGAGAGUCGUUAUGAUGGAAAGGUAGAUGUGUGGGCUCUUGGAGUGUCUGCAAUUGAAAUGGCGGAGGGACUUCCUCCAAGAGCAACUGUUCAUCCUAUGAGGGUAUUAUUUAUGAUCUCCAUUGAACCCGCUCCAAUGCUUCAGGAAAGAGAGAAAUGGACAUAUUUAUCUUCGAGGAACCAGAGUUACUGUGGUAGCAAGGAUUUCAUGCAUCCUACAAUCACGAAAACUUGGAUUGGAGUUUCAAAGCAAUAUAAUCUCAUCAUGCUUGAAUUGAGUGAAGUCCUAGUGAAAAGGUCACUCUUGUUUCACGACUUUGUUGCAAAUUGCCUGGCGAAGGACCCACGAGUUCGACCUACAGCUGCUGAAAUGUUGAGGCACAAAUUCAUCGAAAAAUGCAGAGGUGAAGCAUCAAUUUUGGUGCCGAAACUUGAAAAGGCAAAGGAGAUCCGAGCGGCAAUGGCUUUGCAGGCACGGAAUGUUUCUUCAGAUGCAACACUGCCCAGAGAAGAGCCAGUGGGUGGUUCAACAUUAAAUGAAGCCAUUGCCAGCACUGUUCCAUCUAGACCUAAGAAUGCUCAGCAUAGUACCUUGGAUACUACUGUUAAAAUGGCUCCGUCAGAAAUAGUACAAACUGCAACAGAAGUAACUUUUCGACCAGAUGAUUUUGGAACAGUGCUUGUACAUGAUAGAGUUGACAGUAAGACAGCUACUCUACCAGCUUCUACAAGAGCAGAACAAUCCUCUGCUGCCACUGGGCAUGUUAGAAGACCUUCUGUUGGUUUGCCUGGGGAUAAGGCAACAGAAUUUCGGACGGGCGAUCUUGCCAAUGUGGAGCACCCACCUGCUUCUCAACCCGCUGAGCAAAAAACCACCAAGUCAAAUAGCAUUCCUCAGGUCGCUAGUGAAACUGUCAGUAGAAAAGCAUUGGACAAGCUUUGGUCCAUAUACACUGCUGGUAAUACGGUGCCGAUUCCAUUUCUAAGGGCAACCGAUAUUUCCCCUAUUGCCCUUCUGUCUGACAAUGUGCUUGGAGGUUGGCACAAAGAUGAUGGAGGAAAUAUAGCUGUAGAGGCAAUGCAAGAGCUUUUUUCUGGUGAUUCUCAGCCCAAGAAGGGCAGAAGCCGGCAAAACGAGGCGCCCCUUCCUCCAAGUGUAUAUCAAAGGGUCAUAUGUAGUCCAACUCUAAUGAAUCUUGCUCAGGCUUUAGCGUACCACAAAAUGUGUUAUGAGGAGAUGCCACUUCAGGAAAUGCAGGCAGAGCAAGAACAACAAACCAUUCAGAACCUUUCAGACACGCUCCGAACUAUUCUGCGAUUUUAGUUAUAUUUUACAGCAUUUCGGGUUGUUUCAUGUUUCUCGUGUUGUUUUUUUGUAAUUAAUUAUGUGGCAUAGCCAGGUAUGUAUGCCAAUUGAUUAUUUUACAUAGGUUAUGAAGUUAUGUUGGCAGAAGCAAAGUUUGCUUUUGUAUUGGUAUGUAAAUUUGACGGUGUAAACUUUUAGAGCAUCUUCAAGGCUAUAGCUUUGAAAGAUAAUGAUUUUUAACACAUGUCAAUCAAUGAUUGUAAUGUUAAUCCAUGUAGGAAUAAUGUUAAAAGAGUAGAAAUUUGAAUCAAACUAGUAUCUCUAAUGCAUCAAUUUGAUAAGAAGUUAUUUGUAUAGGUGGAUCAAUUAAAAUAAUCAUUAAUACAAGAACAAUAAAAAAUUAAAUCAAAUAUAAAGUGAAUUGAUUAGUUAUCAUGUUUAACAUGGUGUUAGGUAUUAGAAAGUGUGUUCAACAUUGUCAACAUUAAAUGUUAUCCACCUCAUCAUGAAAGAGCUCAUGACAAGAUGCAUUGGAGAACAAAUUAGU